AUGGUCCCUUUUCUUUGUCUCCAUCUGCUGGCUGUGCUCCUGCAGCCUGCUUUAUGUCUUUAUAAUUGUUCUUCUAUUUAUAACAGGAAUCCAGAUGACUCAGAUCUGCUGGUUAGUUGUGGCACCACCAUAAUAACCGUGGAGGUCAACUUGUGCACGGCUCAGUGGGCAGGCUUUAACGCCUCAGAGCUGGCAGUCAACGGGAACCACAAUAAUUGGGCCUGCUUGGGUUCUGUUGACACCACCGUGAACCCACCGGUCAUCCGUUACCAGCUUCUUGUUAACAGCAGCCAGGAUAACUCCUGUCACCUGACUCUGCAGAUUGUGGAUGAAGCCCCAGAUCCUACAGGUCCGUUUAGCAGUUUCUCAAGCAUACAGUCUUUUCUCAUCACGGGGUACAUCGACACCCCCGGAUCUGAUCAGGGCAUGAUCAGCUACUCCACAGACCUGUAUUACCACUUCUCCUGCCGCUACCCGCUGGAGUAUCUCUUGAACAACACGGAGGUUUCUGUCUCUUCUGUUUCAGUGGCAAUUAGUCAAAAUAAUGGAUCCUUCAUGGAUACGCUAAGAAUGCAUGUAUUUAAUGACUCUGAUUAUAAGUAUCCUUUGGUUGCACCUUCAACAGGACUUGAGUUACGAACAAAGAUCUACGUGGAGGUCAAGACUGUGAACCUCACAGGAAAUUUCUAUGUCCUGCUGGACCAAUGUUUUGCUACUCCCUCUCCUUUCAACGUGUCACUCAGUGAUCAGUACAACUUCUUCACUGGAUGCAUAAUAGAAGGCGAUGUAACCGUGAUAAACAACGGCGACUCCACUGCUGCCCGUUUUGAGUUUGAGGCCUUCCGCUUCGUUCAGCACAGAGCUCAGGAGUUGUCCUCCACCUACCUGCACUGCAUACUGAGACUCUGCGAGCCGAGCAAAUGCAACGAGCUGACUUCUGGUUGUUAUGAAAAAAGAAGGAAAAGAGCUGUGACUCCUUUUGGGCAAAGAAGCAGUGACUCUGCAACUCUCACAUCUGGACCUCUCUAUACAGCUGCAGCAGGUUUAUCUACCGCGGAGGACUCACCUGUCACAGCUGCAUACAGUAGUAAAGCUUCAGGCAUGAACGCUGUUGACGCCACAGGCCUGCUGGUGGGGGCGGUGUUUGCAUGGGUGCUCGUUGGUUUCCUCUGAAGAAGCAUCACCAGACGGGACGAAUAUCUCACACAUUUGACUGAUACUUAAAGAUUGUCUUAGCAAACUGUCCCAUUUG